UUUCUAUCCUAACCGGCACAUCUCUUAACUCUAAGCGUGUUCUGGGUUUCAAUUUUAACCAGUUGUUUUCAGUUUUGAUGUGCCGUGAAGGUGAAGUUUUCUGCUGCAUCACAUGUGCUCGUUGCUGCAAAUGCGCUCAGCGCCGAAGCUGCUGUCCUGAAACCAGAAGGAGCAGGAACCUGCAGAAGAAGCAGCCAGGGUGCGCUGCGUUUUCACUCCUACUUUGAAAAGCAGCGAAUUGUGAACAAACAUGCGUUCAACGCACAGGUGAACGAACUGAUUCAACUUCUGCACUGCUGCAACUUUUCACAUCCCAUUUCGCGUGGAUUUGGUUGUUUUUUUGUGGGGGUGGGGGUUUGGGUUGUAGUUUGAGAUUGCCGAGAGAGAUAACGCGGUAGUUUAAACCUUUUUGGGAAAGCGAUGUCUCGCAAGAAGGCAGCCAAAGGCAAAGCCACAAACAGCAGCCCGUCAGCUGGCUACCCCACCGGGAAAGGCUCCGGAAAAACUGCGAGGAGCAGCUCGAGCAUUGUUCAGAUGAACGGCGUAGUCCAUCCCAUCAGACCCUCCAUCAGCAACAGCAACGAGUUUUAUGACAUCGCUUUCAAGGUUAUGCUUGUUGGAGACUCCGGUGUUGGGAAAACCUGUCUACUUGUCCGUUUCAAAGACGGGGCUUUCCUUGCCGGCAGCUUCAUCUCCACUGUGGGAAUCGACUUUAGGAAUAAAGUGCUGACCAUUGAUGGAGUCAAGGUGAAGCUGCAGAUCUGGGACACGGCUGGACAAGAGCGCUUUCGCAGUGUCACACAUGCCUACUAUCGUGAUGCUCAUGCUCUUCUCUUGCUGUAUGAUGUCACCAACAAAUCGUCUUUUGACAACAUACAGGCAUGGCUGACUGAGAUCCAUGAAUAUGCCCAACAGGAUGUGGUUCUCAUGCUGCUUGGAAACAAGGCUGAUGCCACUCAUAACCGGGUGGUAAAGAGAGAAGAUGGUGAGAAGCUUGCUAAGGAGUUUGGGGUUCCUUUUAUGGAAACCAGUGCCAGGUCAGGUCUGAAUGUAGAGCUGGCUUUCACCGCUGUGGCCAGGGAGCUGAAACACAGGUUCAUGAAGGAUCCCAGUGAAAAGUUUAAGCUUCAUGAGUACGUGAACAUGGAGAUGAAGGGCGCUGGCUGCUGCAGGACCUAAUAGGCUGAAAAUGUGUGUUCAUGUGCUGAUCAAUCAUCGUUUUAAUGUUGGAAAUCAUUUCUGGACACCUCUAUACAGUCGUAAAAGCUUGUUAACCUUUUGUUUGUCUUCUUUUCAUUUGUUUUUAUCGUGCUUCUCUUCACCUCCCUGUUUCUUUAAAUGUGAAUGGAGACCAAGGUUAAGAUUAAACAUAUAAAAGAUAGAACAGCUCAGUUGGCUGCCUGUUAGUAGUAAACGUUUUUACUUUUCAAUGCAGCUGUACAGUCUUUGCCAUGUGUAAUUACUUUUAUUCAAAUUAAUUUAAUCAUAACAAUAUCCUUCUUUUUGUUGAGAAGAUGCUUGUUUUGUCAGGCAGCUUAUUUCCCACAUGUUAAUGUUUAUAUCCAUAUUGGCAGCUUCUGUCAAAAUGUUAACUUACAUUAAAACUAGAUGUCGUAAUGUUUCUCCUGUCCGUGUUUCAAUUAUCAAAGAAGUGAUUUAGCAGGCUCCAAAAAGUCCGGUUGACUUACCAGCACUAAUUCAGAAUAUUUUGAUUAUUCAUGGGUGGAUAAUUUAGGGAUUUGCAUCCUUUCAUCACACAGCAAAAGCUGCUAUUUUGGAUACCAAGUUACUGAUGAGAAGAGCUUGAAAACUCUUAAUUGUACAAAUAUCUAUCUUGCAUUGGUAACUUCUAUUUGUCAUGAUCUACUACAUUUUUUUCUUUAUCUAAAACCUAAUUGAGGUAGCACUUUGGAUAGUGGUUAGACCUGUUUCCUCACAGCAAGAGAAUCUUGGACUUGAAUUGCAGCUGGGGUCUUACUGAUGUGAGGUUUCCAUGUUCUCCCGGUGCAUGACUGGGUUCUUUCUGGGUAUCCCUCCCAUAGUCCAAAGUCAUGCAUGCUAGGUUAAUUGGAGAAUUUAAAUCACCCUGAAGUGUGAGUGAGUGUGUAAAUGGUUGUUUGCCCCACAUGUCAUGUGUUGGCUUUGUGAGGAAUUGGUGACCUGUCCAGGAUAUAGCCCACCUCUCACCUGCUAACCAUUCGAGAUAGUCACCAGCAUCUCAAUGACCAUGAAGCUGAGCAGGAAUAGAAAAUGGAUGCAUGGAUAAAAAGUCUAAUGUUUAAAUACACUAUAUGUAAACAACAGGCAUUAAACUAUGUCAAAAAUUUUGUAAAUACUGAUUUUCCCCACAUUUAGAUGUUUUAGUAAACCCUAAUAGUACUUUCAAUGGAGUUACCUGUGAAGUUAUCUUACAUGUUGUAUUAGAAAUAUGGAUGUGCUGAUCCAAGUCCCUGAAAAAGCUCAAAUCCCGAUACCUGUUGGUCUACUGUCUGCUAUUUCGUCAGCCACGGUCUGUGCGCUGCUCUCAGAUACACCAAAACAGCUCUUGGUUUAUGGAAGAAAGAGACUUGGAACCACUUCUUGUUAAAUUUUAUGACAUUGAAAGCAAAGCGCCAAGCUUAUGUAGCAGCAGAACCCCUUUUUCUCUAAGUUUUGAAAAUCAAAGUGAAAUAUGUUACGAGCCAAAUUAUCUACAGGUCAUAUCAAAACAAAACUCAUUUUAAUAUAGAAAAAAACUGUUCAGCAGUAAAAUAUCAUCAGAUAGGACAACAUGUGAGUUUACCGAAGACUUUUACUAUAUGCUUCAGGUCAGUUUUAUAUUUAGAAAGAAAUAAAUACAAGCACAUUUUAGAUAAGACGUAUGUUGUGCGUUUUAAAGCUAACUGGUUUUCAAGCAUAUAUAUGCUAUAUUUGUUAAUGAAGAAUCUGACUCUGUAUCUGCAAAUGCCUAAUCUUGAAUAACUGACAUCAGAAAUGGGGACCAAAAAAAAUCUGGAUCAUGGACAUCCCUAUUAUGCAGUAUAUGUAAAUGUCUGUGUUGUUGUGAUAUUUGAAUAUAAAUAUAAGUGUGAUAUAUAGUGCCAUGUUUUCUUAAGAACAUUCAAACUUGUAUGUUUGUAUCUGUUAACAAAAUAAAAUCUAUUCUUUGGGGAAGA